AUGCUAGAAGCAUUAGAGAAGUUAUCGACAUCCACAAUUCCAGUAGUCCAGAGUUCCGUGCAGCCGGAAAUAAAAUUACCGCGAAUUAAUUUACCAGCCUUCUCCGAGAAUAAACUCAACGAUCAAGCUCCAGAGAGCUCUGAAACUUCACAUAUACGAGAUAUAUCACAACCUAGAGUAGCUUACACACCAGCCGACAACAAUGUAACAACCCAUCAUGCGGAGAGAGAACAAACCAAUGAUGUGCUGCUGGCCACAGCCAUGGUUAAGGUUCAAUCAUACAAUGGGACUACAUAUUACUUGAGAGCAUUGAUAGAUCAGGGAUCCCAAGGUUCAUUUGUAACUGAGUCCGCUGCACAGUUCCUUGGGUUGAAGAAAAUUCCAAUCAAUUGCAAGAUUAACGGACUGGGCGAUGAUGGAAGAAGUCUAAACUCCAAUAACAUGGUUCUUUUUAACGCACAUUCGAGAUACAAUCCAGAUUUUGAGACCCCAGUGAAGGCAUAUGUACUCAAAACUCUCACUCGAAUGUUACCUGCAAGAGAAGUGCAGCACGAGAACUGGCCACAUCUGCACCAGUUGCCACUUGCCGAUCCAACCUACAACAAACCAGGGAAGGUUGAUUUGCUCCUGGGUGCAGAAGUAUACAGUGAGAUAAUCACAGAUGGGUUGAAGAAGGGCCCCCGAGGAUCUCCAACAGCGCAGAAUACACACCUCGGGUGGAUAUUGUCUGGCCAGUUACACAACCAUGAGACUACACAGAGCUACACCAUCACAAUCAGCAUGCACACUUACAUUGAAGACAAUUUAUUACUUCAAAGAUUCUGGGAGAUAGAAUCCGAUGAUGCAUGUAAACCUAUUUUGACGGAGGAGGAGAAACGCUGUGAACAGUUCUUUGCUGAAACGCAUAGACGAGAUAAGGAACGACGUUAUAUAGUAUGUCUUCCAUUCAAACACGAGAAUCCAUCAUGUCAAUAUGGCUCGUCGAGAGAGAUAGCAAAGAAAAGACUGUUACAACUAGAGAGAAGACUUGGAAGGGAUGAAGACCUGAAAAAAGAAUAUAGUAAAGUUAUACACGAAUAUUUGGACUUAGAACACAUGGAAGAGAUUAAAGACGAAAAAGAAGGACGCAAAGAAACUGCCGUGUAUCUGCCUCAUCACGCGGUGGUUAGAACCGAUAAAACAACGACGAAAGUUCGAGUUGUUCAUGAUGCCUCCUGCAAGUACAAGAACUCAGUGUCACUGAAUGACAACCUUAUGGUGGUGACAGUUUUGACGAUGGAGUGA